UCUCGAAUAAUUUCUAUCUGUGUCGUCAUUAUUCCACCAAGAACAUUAUGACGUGGCUCAAUUUUAAUUGUUUCGUAUUUUCUUGUGUAUGUGCUGCAACGUUCCAAAAAUAUAAAGUAUUUUUGAAUAUAUAUUCUGCCAAAUUUUGACCAACAAUAAAACAUUUGAUUCUGGUGGAGGUGUGUGGAUACCUCAGAUGUCACUUGUUAAAGGCAGGUUGGUUUUUCCCUAGCCUUACAAGGUUUGCACGCAUGAGCAAUAGCUACUUUUUCAUGUUACAUACCAACUGGCGGAAAAUAUAAGCAAACUCAAUUGGAUUAGGAAUAUAAUUCACCAAAUGGACAGUCGAUCUAAAUAUCUCACAAGAGUAAAGUAUUUCGGAGAUAUAUGUCUAGAUCUAAGCAGCAUAUUUCAGUUGAUUUUAAUGCCUAAUACAAGAGAGAUUGUAUACGCAAGACCAUGCAGUGUGUAAAAUGGGUCACCGAAUGCCAGUCAGGGGAUGACCAUUCUAACCGUAUUGUAAAAAGAGACACUUGGCAUUCAACUACAACUAACGUUCAUAAUACGUCCACAAAUCUGACAUCAUCAACACGAUUUCAAGCCAACACUCUCACUCUGUCUGUUUCGGGGUCCGCAAUUGUUGGACUGCUGCUAGGGAUGAUGACGAUGUUUCUUAUCAUUUGGAGAUGCGAAAAAAGAAAGAUAUGGAAGCCAUCAAGCUUUCCUGUCACAACAGAGGAAAGUGGCAUAUUACAUCCGGAAGUUGGUAGUGAAUGGAGGGACACAAGAUCUUGUAGAGUUGUAAACGAAAAUGUACACAGGAAUUGUACGUCUUGUGAAGAACGUUCAGCGGAAUCUAACACCAACAGCUGUUCACGCACCAGUCUUGCGGAACUAGAAGGAAAUACCAUCUGUUCGAGUUAUCGAGAUGAGGAGAAGAACCAUGGCGAAAUUGCAGAUAAUAAAUUUUUUUAAUGAAUAAACUGUUACAGAAUGUUACAAUUUCUCUGUGAAUGUAGAAAUGAAAUUAGUUCAUGAAAGUAAAUUUGCGCAAACAUGUAUCACAAAUGGUAAACAUUACUAAAGAAUGGUAUUGUUCCGAAACGAUAUAGACUAAUAUAGUGAGAAAUUAUUAGAUUUAUUUCUUGUACUUUGUACUUUGAGUGACUUGAUACAAGUAAUUAUUCAAUGAUGUGAUGUUUAUUUCCAAACCCUCAAAUUAAUCAUGAAAUAAAGGUGGAAAUAAUUAA